AUUUUUGAUGACGUUUCACACACAUUCCUGCAUCGGAUUGACCCGUGCUUGAAGUACAGUGCAGAGGAGAGCGGUGUAGUGUGUGAGACAUGGCGUCUAGUCGUCUAGGCCUCCUGCGUCCGUUACUCUGCUACAUCAGAAGCCCCGUUGUAAGCAGCGCACGAGUGCCUCCUCUCACUCAACAUCUCUGCCCCCAUGUUGUCGUCUCUCCACCUUGUUACGGCCGCCAUUACGCUACGAAGAAAAGCAAAGCGAAAGCGAAGAGCCAGACGGGUAAAGUGAGCAUCAACGCCGCCCUGGUGGAGGACAUCAUCAGCCUGGAUGAGGUGAAGGAGGAGAUGGCUGCCGUGCUGGCCACGCUGAAGGACGACUUCAGCCGUAACCUGAGCAUCAGGACCUCGCCAGGUGCGCUGGACCACAUCACAGUGAGCACCAAGGACGGUAAAUUCCCCCUCAACCAGCUCGGGCAGAUCUCCAUGAAAUCUCCGCAGCUCAUCAUCGUCAACAUGACCAGCUACCCCGAGGCCACAGCAGCCGCCACACGCGCGCUACGGGAGAGCAGCAUGAAGCUGAACCCAGAAGUUGAGGGCACCAUCAUCAGAGUCCCCAUUCCCAAAGUGACCCGGGAGCACAGGGAGAACCUCACCAAGCUGGCGAAGCAGUUCAGCAACAAGGCCAAGGAGUCUGUGAGGAGGAUUCGCUCCAACUCCCUGGCGCAGGUGAAGAGGAGUAAAGAGGGCGUGUCCGAGGACACCAUCCGCCUGAUAGAGAAGCAGGUCCAGCAGAUGGCAGACGGUUUCGCGGCAGACAUCGACAAACAGCUCGCCUCCAAAACCAAAGAGCUCUUGGGCUGACUCGGACUUUCUGACGAAGCUUUCCAACGUGCAGCACGACACGAUUUAUUCCGGAUGUCGUGAGUCAAGUCGGAAGCCAGACAUCCCAAAAAAACAAGCGGAUCUUUUUUCUCCAAACUAAAUCUCCCGUAACCAGCGUGGUGAUGAAACCGGACUGUAGAAGGCACGAGUUGGGUGUUAGUUGUUUGUGUGUGUUUGUAUCAGGCGUACACAAACGUGGCCAUGGCACGGCAGCGGCUGUUAGCGUUCCACGCCCAUCCUCACAUCCUCACAUCCUCAAACAAACAGCCGGGAGGACAGAUGAAGUUUUAAUGUGAUUCAGGGGUUCUCCUCCCUGCUAAUCAGAGUGGAGCGAUGCCACACGGCUGCGUUUAUGGAAGAAAGUGCAGAAGCAAAUGUAAACUCGUCAGUCUUUACAGAACCGACCCCAUAAUAAGGUUGUUUGUUUCUCAUACAUAGCUGCUGGGAAAAAAAAAGAAGAAGGAAAAAAAGACUUUCUGUUUGUCAGAAUAAAAUACGAAGCAUUUUUGGAA